AGUAGUUCAGAUGUAGACAUUGCAGUAGAGGAUCAGUUUUCGUCAAACAUAACAAAAUCUCUCUCUCUCUCUCUGUACUGUGUUUUCUGUUGAAUGUGUUCCAAAUCAAACCUUAAUCAUGUCGAUGAUACUAAGAAAAGUGUGGAAAAUUAUGUUGAGACGAAAUCAAACAUCUUCAGAUGAAGAAAAACAACAAGUGUUGGUACAACGUAGGGGUGAUUUAGGUGAAUUGGAUCAACUACCAAGUGACAUCUUGAUACAAAUUUUGAGACUUUUGGGUCCAAAAGAAGUUGCAAAGCUUAGUGUGAUUUGCAAGGGUUUGAGAUUUUUGGUAUCUGAUAAUCGUUUAUGGCUUCACUUUCUUCAGAGACAUCAAGCUGAUCCAUCUUGGGAUUCUGUUUUCUUUGCUGAAACUAAUUUGACUUCUGGUUACCCUAUUCCAUCCUUUGUUGGCCAAAGGCCUCAGCUAUCAUUCAAACAAAUUUAUGGGCAGAGAGCACAGGUUCCUGGUGCUAUUAUCAUUGAUGGUGGUUCUGGCUAUUGCAAAUUUGGUUGGAGUAAAUACGCUUGUCCGUCUGGGCGAUCCGCAACAUUUUUGGAAUUUGGCAACCUUGAAUCGCCAAUGUAUACUAGGCUUCGGCAUUUUUUUGCAACUAUUUAUAACAGGAUGCGGGUGAAAUCAGAUAAACAACCGGUUAUUGUUUCUAUACCAUUAUGCCAUUAUGAUGAUACUGAAUCAGCCAGAGCAUCAAGACGACAACUUAAAGAAGCGAUUUAUAGUUCCCUGUUUGACAUGAAUGUUCCUGCUGUUUGUGCUGUCAACCAGGCAACUCUAGCUCUGUAUGCUGCAAAACGAACUUCCGGAAUAGUUGUUAAUAUAGGUUUUCAAGUCACAUCAGUAGUUCCAAUUUUAAAUGGUAAAGUAAUGCGCAAGGUCGGUGUGGAAGUUCUUGGACUAGGAGCAAUGAAACUUACUGGGUUUCUUAAGGAGAAGAUGCAACUGAACAACCUAAAUUUUCAAUCUUUGUACACUGUUCGUGCUUUGAAAGAGAAUCUAUGCUAUGUUGCUCUUGAUUAUGAAGCUGAGCUAUUAAAAGAAAACACACAAGCAUCAUUUCAAACUGCAGGAGAUGGAUGGUUUACACUUUCAAAAGAGAGGUUUCAGACAGCAGAGAUUUUAUUCAAGCCACAUCUUUCUGGAAUGCUAGUCAUGGGUUUGCACCAGGCUAUAGCUGUUUGUAUGGAGCAUUGUCAUUCUGCAGAACUAACGGGCGACAGUGAUUGGUACAAGACGGUAGUUUUAUCGGGAGGAACUGCAUGUUUGCCAGGUUUGGCAGAAAGAUUAGAGAAGGAACUCCAUGCAUUACUUUCUCCAUACAUGGCAAAUGGAAUUAGAGUCAUCCCUCCGCCAUACGACGUCGAUACUCCAUGGUUCGGAGCAAAGAUGAUUGGCAAUUUGAGCACAUUUCCUGGUUCUUGGUGUGUAGCAAAAAAGCAGUUUCGCCAGAAGCCUAGGCUCAGCCUCAUAUGGUGAUUAUUUUACUCUAAUAUAUAUAAAAAAACUCAAUAAUGUAAAUUAUUCUGCACCCUCCAUGUUCAAGGGGGCAGGAACAAUAGGACAUAAUGUUGUAAACAUUUUUUGUAUAUUUAUAAAUAUUAAGAUUUGUAUGGUGAUUAGAAGCAUAUAAUAAACAUUUGGCUUGUUAAGAAUAAUGUAAAAAGUUGUGUUUGUCUUAUUUAUGUAAUAUAAUGGAAGUAGUGUGAAGAGUUUGUUCAUAA